AUGGUAGACAGUUUAAUAGUUUCUUUGAGACUUCUCAGUUCACUAGCAGUGCUGGGAUUUCAGUUUGUCAUCCCACAGCCUUCAAUUGAACACAGAAAGGUUCCCCAGAGGAUAGAAGAGCAAAGAGAUGCAUCUGAGGAUAGCGGUGCAGGAAUCCCAGGCAUGUGGGGAAGUUGGGGCCCCUGGUCUGCCUGCUCUCGGAGCUGCAGUGGUGGUGUGAUGGAGCAGACACGGCCCUGCCUCUCCCCAGCCUAUUACCGGGAAAGGGGCUACCGAAGGCCAGGGCGGCAGUACCCGGCCUCAGAGAGAACUCUUGCCCAUCAGAAUUCCCGCCACCACGAGGACUCGCUGACUGCUUAUCCCGGCCAUGUCAUUUCUGCCAUCCGUACAUCUGUGCCACUUCACAGGAAUGAAGAGCAGCUUUGGGCUGGCCUUCGGGCCUCUGCUUCUUCUGGAGGCUAUAAUAACAGCCACCUGAGCAGAGGAGCAUUGAGAGGCAGCAGGCAUUCUCAGUCCCAGAGGCAGAACACAAAGCCGGAAAAGAGAAGCAGAAAUAGAAAUCCUAUUGGUCCAGGAAAGUAUGGAUAUGGAAAAGUGCCCUACAUUUUACCUUUACAAACUGACACUGGUCAGCAGCCUCAGAAACCUCGGAGACAGCGACAGUCAUCAAGGAACCACGUAUUUCAUCAGAGUCCAAGUCUCAUGAACACUUACAGCCAGGGAGCUAGUCCUUCACUUCAACAUGGGAAUCUUUAUCAAGAAGAAAGUGGGCCUCAGGCUGGACAUCAAGUGCUAGGACCCUCAGUUUAUCAGUCAUCUUCAUUUCCUGUAUCUCAAAGCCUGUUUCACAGCAGUGACUCAAACCAUCAUGGGUCUGCAUCGCACCAGGCAGUCCAGGGUCAGCCCCAGCCUCAGAGGGCUGCAGCAAUUGUGUGCAUUGGCACCUACAAGCAAUAUAAACUCUGCAACACAAACAUGUGUCCUGAAAGCAGCAGAACUAUUAGAGAGGUGCAGUGUGCAUCAUACAAUAACAAGCCAUUUAUGGGUCGAUUUUAUGAAUGGGAACCUUUUGCAGAAGGUAAGGGAAGACAACGUGGUUUUUUU